AUCCUUGUUCAAUUGCGCAUGCGAGAAAAAGAUAAAAGAUGGAUGUACCCUUCGCUCUUCCAUUUUCUUUCUCUUUCUAUCAGCUCACGGUUCCAGUCAAAGGCGCCGCCAGGUCUCCCCUACUCUAUGUAUAUAAACUCUUUGUUAAUUGCAUGGAUAGUGUUCCGUUUCCAACUAAUGCGCGCAUAGACAGUACACAGAAUUCCCUAGAUCCCCUCCAUCUUCACGCAUGAACCGCGCAUCAGCUACCGCAAGUUUGAAGGCUGCAAUUUCACGCAGCGUCAAGACGCUAGCGACCAUCCCCACUCCGGCAGCCUUGGUCACGCGCAUCUGUUGAUGCGCAUGAAAUGUGUCUCUUCAGCGAUUUGACGCUGGAAGUUCAAACUUGCCCAACUUCAGCGUCCAAACGCUGUGUUGUUAUAUUUAUCAGCUAAUUUGUGUUAAUUUUUAAUAAUUUAUUUCAGUAAUAAUCAGUAAGAAGUUAAACGACAACGACAGCGACAGCGACAGCGACAGCGACAGCGAAAGGAACCAGAGAAUGGAAAAAUCCUGCGUAGGAGCCACUUGGUGGACGGCAACCGAGCAAAAUGUUUCCGAAAUACCAGAGGUUGCAGACACAAUUGAAGAGGCAGAAGAUAACAUACUUCCAAACGAAGAGGACUUCGACGUGACAAAUCUUCCGGGCAAUAAAGUAAAGGAAGAAGAAUUACAUGAAUUUCCUGUCAUCGUUGAAGAAACGAAUGAUGUUGAAACAUUAUUGUCUAAAGAUGAGCUUAAUAAGAUUACAAAAGAUCCAAAUUUGCUUAAAACACUUGUGACAAAGGAAUUGAAUAAUACUUCAAGGGUACCUGCUGAAACGUCUGAAACAUCCAAUUAUUGCGAAGAGAAUGAAAAUAAUGAAAAUUCAGCUGGUUCAUCAACGAAGGAAUUUUUAUGGCCUGACGCUGCUGUGUACUUGCUUUUGGAAUUAUAUCGUGAAAGAGAGACAGAUUUCACUACGGGGAUGAAACGACACUAUGUAAUUUGGUCCGAGAUUGCGUCCAAAAUGAUUGAACAUUCCAAUGGAAAGUACAACAUCACAGGACAGCAAUGCUCGGCAAAACUCUCUGGUUUAAAAAGGACAUAUAUUGAAAACAUAGUCGACCAAAAUAAGAAAAGCGGCAAUUGUCGCAAUUCAUGGGCAUUUUUUUCGGUCAUAGAUUCUAUACUUGGAAAAAAGGCGUAUAUAACUCCCCCAGCGAUUGCAUCAAGCGAAGGGCCAGCUGAAUCCACAUCGUCAACGUCAAGUUCAACUGAAUCAAUAAUAGAUUCGCCCUUGUCGUCAAAUCCACAGAAAAAGCGCAGAGUAGAAACUGUUCUUGAGUCUUUUAUUAAAGACAUAAAAGAAGAAAGAGAGGAAGCAAGGAUUAAAAGAGAGAUUGAGAGACAAGAAUUUAACAGAUUGAAAGAAGAACGAUAUGAAAAACAUAAAGAAGAGAGGGAACAAAUGCACAAGGAAAAAAUCGAAAUUCAAAAAUCAUUAGUUCAAAUCUUGAGCGAGUUAGCUGCUAAAUCCAAAUAAUUGGAACUGAAAUUCUGUAAUUUUAUUUUAUUUUUUUUACACUCUUUAAAAAAUAAUUAAAAUAUUCGUUUAUUUGUUCUUAAAA